AUGCGAGUUCUCAACAUCCCCCUCUCGGCCUAUAUCUCUGCGUUCUCCCCUCGAUACACAUGCCGCUAUAUUCUCGCCUCCUUCCUCCUGUGCUACCUCCUCCUCAUCCAGUACGGUCGAACUCAUAACUAUCGCGACCCAACUUCCGUCUUUUUUGAUGCCAACAAGGGGUAUGAACCGAUAUACUCUAGGUUUAGAACUUCCGAAGCCACCAACUUUAUCCGGUACAUCGACGCGACGGCCAGCCCUCGAAACGGUACUACCUCACCAGGGGAUAGCAGCGCAAGUCUCUGUGUCGGGAUUGCCUCCGUUGCUCGGAAAGAUGUGAGCUAUAUUGAAGCGACGGUUGGGUCCUUACUCAUGGGCCUCAGCCAGCGGGAACGUGAGGAUAUCUACUUGAUCUUAUUCAUACCUCACGUAGAUCCAACGAUACACCCGUCCUUCGCAAGUAAUUGGACAUCGGCCAUGGUCGAUAGAGUCUUGCUCUAUGAUGUUGAUGAGGAGAAACUCAGCCAUCUUAGAGAACUGGAAGGAGAAGGCGGAUUGUUCAGGGAGAAAGGUUUGUACGAUUAUGUUUACUUGCUGAAAGCUUGCCAGGCCGUGGGAACACCGCAUAUUGUGAUGGUGGAAGAUGACGUUCUUGCAAUGGAUGGCUGGUACCAUCGUACAAAGCAGGCUUUGGCAGAUGCAGAACGACAGACUGCUCAACUGGGUGCUUCAAAGUGUUAG